AUGCCUAGUCAAUACACCAAUAACCGAGUGACUGCUCUAAACAAUAAGUAAACUUUCAUUAAUAUUGUAGAGUCAACUUAUGAGAGGGCUUCUAUUUCAUUAUUUAACCCAACAACAAGAUCAGAUGGUUCAAUUAUAGACUAUGAUAUAAGUACGAAGGUUAAAUAAAAACUAAUGUCUUAAAUGGAUGCUACUGGUUCAAAGUAUAAAUUUCACACAUAUUGA